AUGAAACUCCUUCAACAAUCACGAUUUGUCUUGGCUGCCUUAAUUUUUUGUCUUAUCUUGACGAUGAUUAGCAGUAUUGAUGCUGCUUGUACAUACAGUACAUCAAAUGGAAAGACCAUUGAUGUUUCUGGAGCAGAUAAACAAGGUGGAUAUAUUGUAUCCGGACAAGGAUGGGAUUAUUAUUUCAAUGUUUGUGAACUCCCAGUGACUUCACCCUCAGGAAAAUGUUCCUUCUCACCAGCUCCACAAGCAUACCAAUAUUCAGUCACUUGGAACGAUUGUUAUCCCAUCGGAAACAAGGGAAGCCCCAAAAUUGCUCCUCUCUCUCCAACUGAUGAAACUCAGGGUGUUAAGAUCACUUACGAUGCCUAUAUUUACCAAAGUGCAAGAAGAGAACUCGUUAUCAAACUUAAAUGUGACCCUACUGCAACCACCACUACAUUUGUGUUUGAAGGAGAGGCCUCAGGUGCGGUCAGUAGUUACACUUUCAGUGGAAGUUCCAAGUAUGCUUGUGUGGGUGCUGGACCAGGUCCCAAUCCCGGCGGCAAUGAACCAAUUCUUGGACAAUAUGGCAUUGGAGGAUUGUUGUUGACAUUGUUGCUUGUUGGAUUCAUUCUUUACUUUAUUAUUGGAGCUCUUGUUUUGAAGUUUGCCAUGAAGAAGAGUGGAACUGAAAUUAUUCCUCAAUUUGCAUUCUGGAAAGAUUUACCAUUCCUUUUGCUUGACGGAAUUCUGUUGCCAGUCGAUCUCAUUAAGGGAUGCAUGGGAAAGGGUAAAUAUAAGGAAAUGGUAUAA